AUGAGGCUUUUCCAGAACGGACCGCUGGCUAACUGCGCUGCCCCAACGUCGAGACGGCGCUCCAAUCAACUCCAUUCCUCCCUCGGCCGGUCCCUCGGCCUUCCGUGUCCGUGGCUGAUCACGCUGGUCUUCUUGGGGACGUUGGAGACUUUGGAGCCAUUCCCAGCUGCCCGGAACUCCAGCCAUCCGAGCUGUGGCUGCAGCCGAGCGCCUGGCUUCUCUCCCUCCCGAACUCCCAAGGCCCGGCACUGGCCCUGUCACCGUGUCACACUCUCUCAGAAGCAGCACUUUGUGUGUGCGCUCUCCACCCCAUCCAUCCACCUUUUCAUCACUCGGUUCUUCGUUUCCGAGCCAUGGUCCAUCCCUCGAGAACCCUUCUCGUCCAAUCCAAACACACACACACACACCCAAAACCAUGGAUGUCUCUUAGGUUGGAUGCAGCUCCCUCCCGCCCACACCGUCGUCUAUCCAAUAUCACACUUUCUGCAACCCGCUGCUGCUCUUAUUCCAGCGGCUGGCCCCAUUCCAGGCAACCUAGACAUCUCGGGAGAGCCCUGCCUGUUCAAACUUCUCACUCCGGCUUCUGGACGGAUCGUCGUCACAUCAGCACGCCCCCACGAACUCCGCCCAGUGCCGCCGGGAACUCGAAUGUCCAUCACUGAUCGUCGCGGCUCCCGGUCUUGA